UUAACUUGGAGAUAAGAACGUAAGGUUAAUCUCCGAGAUCCUUUAUGUAAUUCCAGCAAUGUAAUCACUUCAAUUAUUUUCAAUAUAAUUCAUUUGCUGCUCGGAAAGAAAGAAAAAACUGCACCAAUUAUGUUUCAAUAAAUAGAAAUGGACACAUGAAAGCAGCAUCCCUGAGCUUUUGCUAUACUUCAUUCUUCAGAUGGGAACAAAACUAAUCAUUUAUCAAAAUUGCUAAUUUAAUUAUGCCAGCUAUUCCACAGUGACCUUUGGUCAGCACCACCAAGUUGUCGGAUGUACCAACUUGAUUCAACGAAACCAGAUGACUUUAUCUCAUGCAAAAAGCCUCUGUGGCUCACAUUCACUAUGUGGUUCAUUUUCAUGGUCAAGCAUUCAAUGAACUUAUCUCCCAUUCCACGGAAAUGACUGGUUAAUAUAGUGACUUCAGCUCCAUUGUCAAACAUGCCAUCCAUUCAGCUUGAAUGAAAUUACAUGUCCUCGCCAUAGAAAAGUCUUGGUCCCAGGAUGUAACACCUAUAUCACGUGAUCUGAAAACUAUAUCUUCCUCUGCGCAUAAAACUGUUGUUCGACAGAGCAACCAACCAAGAGCCCAAGACCAAUGGCGCAUAUAUUCCUCUUCCUCCUCCUCCUGCUCGUCCUACUGUUGCAACUUCCCCACUCAUGUACUCUAGCUCAACACAUUAUCAGCACAGGAUCCACUCUCAAACCUGAAGGCCCAAACAGCUCAUGGCUCUCACCCUCUGGUUACUUUGCCUUUGGUUUCAGAUCCCUGGAGACCAACUCCUCGCUUUAUCUACUUGCCAUCUGGUUUGAUCAGAUAGAAGAGAAGACUAUUGUUUGGUACACCAAUGGUAGCACACCAGUAUCAUCUGGUUCAAGCCUGCAAUUCACCCAUAAUGGUAUGCUUUCUCUCCGUGAUCCCGCUGGAGCUGAGGUUUGGAGGUCACCAAUUUCUGGUGGUGCUUAUGCCUCCAUGAAUGACACUGGAAACUUUGUAAUUUAUGGAGAAGAUGGCUCCCCCAAGUGGCAAAGUUUUACCACACCAGCAGACACCAUCCUGCCAUCCCAAGAGCUGUAUAGUGGGACUAUCCUCCAAGCUAAGCUUAUGGACACCGAUUACUCAAAUGGUCGGUUCAUCCUCAGUCUUGAAACAGAUGGCAACCUGACUUUCUACACAGUGGCUGUUCCUACUGGAUUCAAGUAUGAUGGUUAUUGGUCCACUAACACGAGCGGGAAUGGUGGGAAGCUGGUCUAUGAUGCCAAUGGCACAAUCUACUAUGCCUUGGAGAACAGCACGCAACACCCUAUCAUGCCUGCAGAGAUGGACUCAGUAGAUCAGUACUACCAUUGGGCAAAACUUGACCCAGAUGGUGUCCUUCGACAGUAUAAGUAUCCAAAGUGGGGAGUGGUGAGCAGUGGGUUGCCUGCAGCAGUGAAAACAGUGCCAGAAAGUAUCUGCUCCAUUAUGUAUUCAAAUUUUGGCAGUGGAGUGUGUGGAUACAACAGCUAUUGCAUCCUCAACUGGAACCAGACACAAACAGAUUGUGCUUGUGCCCCAAACUAUUCGUUCUUUGAUCCAGAAAGAAAGUACAAAGGGUGCAAGCCAGACUUUGCACUACAGAGCUGUGACUUGCAGGAGGCAGAAGUACUAGAGCAGUUCCAAAUGAUUCCAAUGAAGAAAAUUGAUUGGCCUCUUCGUGCAUAUGAGCAGUACUAUCCCGUGAACGAGACUACUUGCCAAAACUUAUGCUUGACCGAUUGCUUCUGUGCAGCUGCAGUUUUUGAACAGGAUGGACAUUGCUGGAAGAAGAAACUACCUCUGUCCAAUGGAAACGAAGGAAGUGAAGUUCAAAGGAUGGUUUUUCUCAAGGUACCGAAGAAUAAUGAGGCCAGAAGUAACUGGAAAGGCAAUAGGAAGGAUUGGAUAAUUGGAGGGUCCAUCAUUAUAGGUAUCUCUGUCUUUUUGAACUUUCUAUUCAUUUCAGCACAUCUUCUCGGAGCACACUUUAGGAUUGCCACAAAAAAGAACCAAUUACGACCAUGGACCAGGGUGAUAGCAAGAGAUUUUACAUACAGAGAACUUGAGGAGGCAACCAAUAGGUUCAAUGAGGAAGUGGGCAGGGGGGCUUCUGGUAUAGUCUAUAAGGGGAACCUGCAUGAUGUGUUUGGUACCAGCAUCGCGGUCAAAAUGAUUGAUAGGAUCCCCCGAGAGACCGAAAAGGAGUUCGCGAUAGAAGUUGAAACAAUUGGGCACACACUACACAAGAACUUAGUCCCACUGCUGGGAUUCUGCUAUGAAGGAACUGCAAGGCUCCUGGUGUAUCCUUUCAUGGUCAAUGGCUCUCUUGCUAAGUUCCUCUUCAGUGAUAUGAGGCCAUCAUGGGACCUCCGAGUCGAUAUUGCCCAUGGGGUGGCAAGAGGACUGCUCUACUUGCAUGAGGAGUGUGGCAAGCAGAUCAUACACUGUGACAUAAAGCCUGAGAACAUCCUCCUUGAUGACAACUUUAUAGCAAAGAUAUCAGACUUUGGCCUUGCGAAGCUCCUGAAAGCAGACCAGACACAAACUAGCACUGGAAUCAGAGGUACCCGAGGGUACUUUGCUCCAGAGUGGUUCAAGAACGUGGGUAUCUCUAGUAAAGUAGAUGUAUACAGCUUUGGGAUUGUCCUUCUAGAAAUUGUAUGCUGCAGGCGGAACGUAGACCUUAAAGCCACCAAUGAGGAGCAAGUUAUAUUGACAUACUGGGCAUAUGACUGCUACCGCGGUGGCCGCCUUGACCUAUUAGUUGAAGGUGAUGAGGAAGCAAUUAUUAAUAUGAAGAUGGUGGAAAGAUUCACAAGAGUUGCACUUUGGUGCGUACAGGAUGAACCGACAAUGCGCCCAACUAUGCUUAAAGUGACCAAGAUGCUUGAUGGAGCAAUAGAGGUUCCCCAGCCUCCUAUUAACACCCCACCCUUCAUAAGUUCACUUCUGUAAUAUGGAAUUGGUAAUAGCAAGUGAUACCUAUUUUUCGUUAAGGGGUCUAUCUUUUAAUCUUCCUGUGUUGUGGAAGGAUGAUACUAGUCGUUGUUCUGGCUGACAUUAGAGAAGGGAGCGUUCCCUUUUGUUGGUCAUCAACAGGUUGUGAAAUCUGUUCUAUAUUCUCCAUCCUACAUGCAAACUUUGUGUGUCCUUGGAUAAAAAAGGUAGCUUGUACCAAAAAAUUAAUAUGGUUGAGCGUGAAGCAUUUCCAGUUGAUAUUUGAUAAUCAUAUAGUGCACACAAUUGUAUAGAAGUAGGCUAGCGGUGUCUCAUAAAAUAGUUGUAUGCACAUGAUGACAUGAACUGUAUUCUUAAGUGGGUAUAUCCUUGAACCAAAAUGGCAUGUCCUACUGCUGAAUUUAACAGAACUUUCUAACAAGAAAUAUAAAGAGUUAAAUGUACCUA